AUGCCUGUGGACGAUGGUCCAAGGUAUGCGGGGCAAGCCAUGCAAUGGGACAGUGGUUCAGGCUACGAGGGGCAAGCCAUGCCCGUGGACAAUCGCAUCCACAUGUCCAAGUCCGAAGCUGGCACGCUGUUGGUUACUGCGUCCCUGGCAUGUGUGGCUGGUGCUGCUGGGGGCUUGAUUGUGGCUUCCAUGUGGAUCAUGCUUGCCCAGACCUGUGCCAGCACCAUCGUCUACUUCUCACUCUAUGCCAUUCCGACUCUGUUUCUGGUGGCGGGGGUCAUGGCAUUGCUGGCUGGGAGUGUUCGCGGUGGAAUCAUGCUAUGCCUGGUUGGUGGCCUAUCACUAGCCUUCACCCUGAUGUGCUGGGCUCGUUACAUCCCUUUCACCAUUGAAGUUAUCCAGAUGGUUUCCAAAGCCUUCAGUGAGAACUCAGGAAUGGUCGCCAUAUCUGCAGUUGGAGGUUUACUUGGGCCCAUUUGGUUCAUAUUAGUGGUACUGGGCUACGGAGCUUGCCUCCUCAAGCUUUCAGGUGGAUCUGCCGGAGAUGGUUCGGACGAAGGUCAUGGAGGUUUAGGGUACCUCUUCCUCUUCGUGCUGCUGUGGGGCAGUGGCGUGAUCCAGAAUGUUUGCCACGUGGCCUAUUCCGGUGUCUUCAGUCGAUGGUACUUCGAGGAAGGCGAGUCACCUCUUGUGAGCAGCCUCUCUGUGGCCACCGUCACAUCUUUUGGCAGCAUUUGCUUUGGCACCCUGAUCGUUGCUGCCAUCCAGGUUGUAGAAACUGUUGUCCGGAGUGUGAGACGUCAGGCCGCAGAGGAUGGCAACAUGGUUGGUUGUGUGAUAGGCCUCAUCAUGGAGAGCAUCAUUGCAUGCAUUGGAGAUCUCAUGGAGUAUUUCUCUCAGUGGGUCUUCGUGAUGUGUGCCAUACGUGGAGGUUCCUUCUGUGACUCUGCCCGCGGUACCUGUGCCCUGUUUUCUUGCGCAGGGAUGAAGGCCAUCAUUGGAGACCUCUUGAUUGACCGUGUGGAGACCUUGGGAUGGCUGUUGGCCGGGCUGGGCGGCAUGGGCCUCGCUGCUUUUGCCGCAUUCACGAGGGCUUCUGGAGCUGGCAACAUGUCACGUACAGAUGUGAUCGGUCUAUGUGCUGUGCUGGGGCUUCUCAGUGCCCUAAUCUCUGGUCGAGGAGUUAUGGCAGUCCUGAGCAGCGGGACAAAGGCAAUCUUGAUGUGUUGGGCAGAGGAUCCAGAUCGCCUGCAUCAACGUGGCUUCGGGGAUUUGCAUACAGAGCUCAAGUCCAAAGCCCGUGAAUUCAACGGGUUUGUUGAACACAAACCGCAGACGUCGCAGAUGUCACAGACACCGCAGACGCGUAGUUUCUUCCCUUGGUGA